AUGGAUACGCUUGCUGCAAUUCUUAGUCUUGUUACUCCAGGAGCCUAUAUGGCUUCUAUUGAUUUAAAGCAUGCAUAUUACACUAUUCCUAUUGCAGACGAACAACGGAAAUUUCUCAAAUUCGUUUGGAAUGAACAACUGUAUGAGUUUUGUGUACUGCCCAUGGGGCUAACUAGUUCUCCCAGAAUUUUCACCAAAGUCAUGAAGCCAGUUUUGGCUACUCUUCGACAAAAAGGACACAUUAACAGUGGUUUUAUUGAUGACUUUUAUUUUCAAGGUCAGGAAUUUUCGGAUUGCGCAGUUAAUGUAUCGGAUAGUGUCAGACUUUUUAUUAGUCUUGGGUUGCAUGUCCACCCUGACAAAUGUGUAUUGAUACCCUCCCAAGAGCUCUUAAUUUUGGGGUUCUUAAUAAAUAGUUUGUUAAUGAUAGUAAAACUUCCCCUAGAGAAAAAGGUCAAAUUGCGAGAUCUCUGUUUACAGGCUUUGCGUGGCAACAAACUUACAAUUCAAUUCGUUGCUAGUGUUAUUGGUACACUUAUCUCUGCCCUCCCUGGGGUUGAGUUUGGUCGGUUACACUAUCGCAAUCUUGAACGCGAUAAAAUUAACGCCCUUGCACGGAAUAAUGGAAAUUAUCGGUCAUUUAUGCACCUUUCUGAGGCAGCAAAGCAGGAGCUUCAGUGGUGGACUACACAUGUGAUGCAUUCAUCUAGGCGACUUCGUCAUCCCGUCAUCUCCUAUAUCUUUCAGACUGAUGCUAGUGAUCUUGGCUGGGGCGUAACGUGUACUACUAUUCCUCAGUUACAGUCUCAGGGUUUGUGGACAAGUGAACAGCGUACCCUACAUAUUAAUGUAAGGGAACUGUAUGUUGUUUUUAUAUGUUUAACAAUAUUUGGUAUGGAGAAGUCUGACGUCCACAUUAAAUUCGAGUUAGACAAUAUGACUGCCGUUAGUUAUAUCAAUCACAUGGGGGGAUGUAGAUUUCUGCUUGUGAUACAGUAGCCAGAAAGAUUUGGGCGUGGUGCAUUUCCCACAAUAUCUGGGUCACUGCUAAUUAUAUUCCAGGACCCAGCAAUGUAGUUGCAGAUUCACUUUCUAGAAAACAUCUGUCAGAUCAUGAAUGGCAGCUUAAUACGGAUAUUUUUCACAAACUCUCCAAAAAAUUCCCUAAGUUUAGUAUUGAUCUGUUUGCAUCUUUGUUGAACAGACAGGUAGCACGGUAUGCCUCUUGGCACCCGGAUCCACAUGCUGCAAUAGUGGAUGCUUUUAGUGUAUCAUGGGCGAAUGAAUAUUUUUAUGCUUUCCCUCCUUUUAGUCUCAUUCCGAAAUGUCUGGAGAAAAUCUCUCGAGACCAAGCCGAAGGGGUUUUACUGGUCCCUGCAUGGCCCACACAAACAUGGUACCCUCUUCUUCUACAGAUGCUCAUUCAGUAGCCAAAGCUGUUGUUGUGGACCCCUCAAGUGGACUUAUUGAGACACCCAUUAGGCAAGGUUCACAGCAUGCAAGGAAAACUGAAGUUGAUGGCAUGUCUCUUGUCCGGCAACAUUAUCAGAACCAGGGCUUUUCUGACCACAUUACCGGUGUACUCCUCGAUUCAUGGCGAACUUCUACACAAAAACAGUAUGCGAGUUAUCUUAAAAAAUGGAAUUUAUUCUGUCGUGAAAGGAAAAUUCUUGCACAUUCCCCUACUUUAAAUCAAGUUUUGGAAUUCUUGUACACACAAUUGCAUUAUCAUAUUCUAGUAUUAACAGUGCCAGAUCAGCGUUAUCAUGUUUUCUUUCUAUUGGUAACUUUCCAGUGGGGAAGCACCCAAUAGUUUGUCGUUUCCAAAAGGGGCAUUUGAACGGAAACCACCUGCUAAUAAGCAUCAUGCUAUCUGGGAUGUCCAAACAGUUUUGGCUUAUCUGAAAACGUUCACCCCUAACAGUGGUUUAAGUCUUAAAGAGCUUAGUCACAAAUUAACAAUGUUAUUGGCUUUGGUGACUAUUCAGCGGAAGCAAACUUUAAUACACCUCAAUAUUAACAAUGGCUGCAUGAUACAAUCAGAUGUUCAAUUUGUGUUUGUUCUUGAUAAGCAUAUCAAACAAAGCAGACCAAAUUAUUCAGUUCCACCUGUUAUUGUUCCUAGAUACAAUUUGGAUUCUGAUGUUUUCCCAUAUUUAUGUUUAGAAGCGUAUCUUGAGAAGACUAAACAUUUACGACAAAGUGUCAAUUUACUCGUUGCAACGAUAAAACCGCAUCGUGCUAUUGGAUCUCAAAUUUUAGCUCGAUGGAUUAAAAUUGUCUUAGCCGGUUGGUAUUGA